AUGACGCUCACCGCAGCAGCACUUUUACACAACAGUUGCGAUGACGCGAGUCUCAGGUCGAGGAGUCCGUCGCCGGCAUCUGUUGCGACGGCCGCCACCACGAGCAGCGGUCGCGAGGGAGGAAGCAUGCCGCCGUCUUCGAGUAACAUUCCGCAGCAACAACAGCACCAAGUAUCAUACGCCCUUCAAGCAUCCUGCCCCAAAAGCAAUGGCGAAGCGGCGGGGUUUGGGUCCUCGGCAGGUGUCGACACGGACCACGAGGCCGAGGCAAAGAAGCCGCGGGCCUGCGACAGGUGUAGAGGCCUCAAGGUCCGCUGCAUCAUGGAAGGCGACGGCGACGAGGCUGGCGGCGGCAAUUGCCAGCGAUGCAUCAAGGCCGGGCGAAGGUGCGUAGUGACGCAGCCGACCAAGAAGCGGCAGAAGAAGACGGACAGUCGUGUGGCAGAGCUGGAGAAGAGGAUCGACGCGCUCACGGCGUCGCUACAUGAUAGCAGGCGCGGAAGCGGCGCCGGUGAAGGGGAUGGUGGUGUGGAGGAUGCUAGCUCGCCGGAGAAGGGUGACGACCAAGAUGAACUUCUGGCCGCGACUGCCAGUGCCACAAGUGCAGCACCAGCGUCAACGUCAACGUCAACGUCAACGCCAACGCCAACUUUGAGCCGGCAGCGCCGGCCAAUAUUGACGGGCGGGAUACCCAACCUCAACACCGACAGUUCCUCUCACAUGAAUGCCUGCGGCAUUGUGUUUGAGCGUGCAGCUGGGCCAGGGGUCGGCCAAUCUGGUGCUGGCGGCCAGAAGCGGAAGUUUGGGGACGAAGAUGGAACUGGGUCACUGCCGCUUCAGCCGCCACGGCAAACCAUGGGCCCGGGAUAUGAAGACGUCGUCACGAGGGCCAUCGUCACAGAAACUAUGGCAGCACGGCUGUUUGCACGCUACAGGGACCACAUGUGCCCACAUCUCCCUGGCGUCGUCUUCCCCCCGGACAUGACGUGGAAUCGGAUCAGGGCCGAGAAGCCCCUGCUCUUCCUGGCCGUGAUGGCAGCCAGCUCUUCGGAGACGCCAUCGCUGCAGCGGAUACUGGUGCGGGAGAUGAUGCAGAUAUUCGCCGAGAAGAUAGUCAUCAUCGGCGAGAAGAGCAUUGAGCUGGUGCAGGCGCUUCACAUUGCUGUCUUUUGGUACUGGCCGCCCGAGCACUUCGAGGAGCUCAAAUUUUACCAGCUGGUCCACAUGGCCGCCGUCUUGGCCAUCGACUUGGGCCUUGGGAGGAGGAGGCCGACGGUUCGGGGAAGACACAUCCCUUGGUCACUGCGUGAAAGUAGCGGUGCGGGACCGCCGCCUCCAGGAGUAGUAGGCGGCAGCGGCAGCAAUGACGAUGCUUCUCCAACAAAGAGGAACAGCGCCAAGAGACAUCCGCCUCCAGAUCCUUGCAGCUUGGAAUCUCGCCGUACGUGGCUCACCUGCUAUUACCUGGCCUCCAACACCUCGAUGACAUUGCAUAGGCCCAACCUGGUGCGCUGGACGCCCUUCAUGGCAGAGUGUCUCGAGGUGCUACAGACGUCGCCUGAUGCAGCACCAACAGACGCAUAUUUUUGCCAUCUUGUCUGGACCCACAAACUAUCCGAAGAGAUCGGGGUAGAGUUCGCCAUGGACGACCCAGGCGCCGUCGUGGACAUUACAGAGAGACGCACACAGCAUGCCAUCAAGAGCUUCGAGCGACAACACCAGAAGUAUCGGGAUGCCGUUCCAAAGGACCUGAUGAGACCUUCUCUCAAGCUGGGAUUUCACGUUGUGAGCCUCUACAUGCACGAGAUUGCGCUUCGUAUCGAGGAAGACGCAGGCGGGGGAUGCGUCGGCGAAGAUGCGGCGCUGACUCCUGCGCACGUCAGCUCGCUGUCGGCGUGUCUAGCCGCCGUCCACGGCAUCUUUGAUACCUUCUCGUCCAUGACGCCCGAGGACGUGCGCUGCCUACCCGUCUUCAACUUUGUUCGUGUUGCGUAUGCAACGGUGCUGCUCAUCAAGAUCUACUUUGCCGCCUCGGCUCCCGGUUCCGAGCUCGGCCAGGUCAUUGAUAAGGAUGAGAUACGUGUCGAAGAGCACCUCGGCCGGCUCCUAGACAAGUUUCGCUUGGCGGCGGCGGGAAACAGAUCAAGGCCGGCCGCCAAGUUUCAUAUCGUGGUUGCGAUGUUGAGGUCCUGGUUCCAGAGACAGGCGAGCGAUAGUGGCGCCAGUGAUGCGCAGAAAGAAGCUCCCACGUCCACGCAGAGGCGGCAAGAACAACAGGGUGUAGCAGCUGGGUGCGGGAGCAGCAAGCGGCCGUCACAAUCAAGCUACAGCGCCGACUUUCCUUUGCAAACACCCUCCGAAAUGAGCAAAUUCGAUGAGGUCGACACUGAUGCAGGCGUUGCGGCCGGCCAGCCAGGAAUACCCAUGGCAGGACGAGAACCAACAACAGCAUCAGGAGUCCCCUGGUACGUCUCCCAAAACGCAACCCCACAAUCGAUAAUCUACGAGGCCUCCGGUUCCGACGAUCCAGUUCCGUCUUUGACCCAUACAUCUCCGUCGGAGCCAUCUCCGGUGUCCGUUCAUAUACGGCAGCGACAAUACCCACAAAUCCCGACCCCUUCCUUCCCCCAGCACCAGUGGAUGGACAUGGAGUUUGAGCCCGCCACCUUUGGCGACGGCGUGGUCCAGGCCAUGGACCCCAGCUACAGCGGCGGCAGCGGUAAUCGGGGCGGCUUCGUCCUGCCCGGCAUGAUGGCGGCCACUGCCUCACAAAACGGCGGUGAUAUGAUGUUCUCAAUGCCGCCUCUGGCCGGGACGGGGGCCACGGGGGAGUCGCCCUUUGCCGCGCCCGAGUCCUGGUAUGGCGGCAUCUUGGACUCGGCCGGCAUGGGGAAUAUGUAUUACCUGUAG